UGCCAGGGUGGGUGGUACUCGGAGAGACUGCAGAUUAGUGCAGAAACCGAGUGUUGUUGUGGGUGCACAACAAAGCUCACAGUGCACUAGUUUCGGUUAAGCCUCAAUAAAAUAUGUUUCAUAUUAAUUUCAUCAGUUUUUAAGAUGUCAUUUUUCUGUUCGUACGUUCACACAACAUUCUAACCUCGUCUGUUCGUGGUAUUUCCACUGUUACCCUACUAGCACGUCCGGACUAAUUGUUUUCCGCACACGUCGAACGCUGAGGUAUCGUAGUAUCUCAUCCUAUUGCCGUGCACAAUCUGUCAAUAUCGCUCGUUUAAUAUAAAUUGAUUAUCGUGUUUAUCCACCAUCGUCGACGCCGAUAAAACCCGUUCACACGACACCUGAUCGUCGCCUCCUUUGUCGAAAUACGUGGGAACGCACGCAGCCGAGACGCACGGCGUUUUACGAACCAUCCUCAUUUAACAAUAUUAUCAUACAAGCAUCGCCGCUAUCAGCCCAGCCACGAUGACGAACAAGCCACCCGGUGCCGUGUCCCGCACAAAGGAGCCCGUCAGGAUCUUCGAGGGAAUCGUCAAACAGGUUAAUUCUAGUGGUUUCAUCACUAUCAGCGAGGAAGUGUAUAAUUAUCAUCCUUGCGAAAAAGAAAUUAUACUGAACCACAUCAUUGCUCCCAAGAUGGGCCGUCGGGCAGCAAAUAAUGAUCAAACAUCCACAGAUGAGCCGUUUUCAUGGGAAGUCCGUGAGUUCCUCCGUAAAAAUCUUUUUAGAAAAAAGGUGUUUUUCAAAACUGCUGGACAAGUACCUGAAGGUGAAAAGAUGAAUCGAUAUUAUGGUGACAUAUUUUACCCAACAUUGGACAACAAUAUUGUUAGUGAGCUUGUGGGAAAUGGUCUAGUUACUGUUAAGUCAAAAAACGAAGUCCUGAUGUUCAAGCGCUAAUUAAUCGUCAGAACAAGGCUCACGUGAGAAAUUGGAAUCCUAAUUCAAAGUAAGACUGAUAUGAUAAGGAUUUAAAAAACUCAAAUCUUGUUAUCGUAUUAAUCAUGACAAGGGCUCAUGA